AUGGAGCCUUUCCUCACUCGGCUGCCUCGAGAGUUACGUGACCUUGUCUAUGAGUAUGUCUGCGUCCAUCCAGACACCAUACAGGUUGCUCUUCCUGGACAGCCUGGUUCUAGGACAGACCCAUCGGUUGUUGGAUCGGGUGGCCAACUAAUGGAUGUGUCCUACCUGUCAAAUUCGGAGGUCGUACCUACCGAGCUGUCCGAGACAUAUUGGUCGAAGAAUCGUUUCGUGAUCACAGUCGGUUUAUGUACUGGCAUGCGAGAUGACAGUUUGGGCACUUUUCUGUUGCACGGAACAGUGCCUAGUGACAAGCCGUUUUGGAGGGUGUUUGUGCGCCCGUGGCAGAAAAUCCGUCAUCUGAAGAUAGAACUGGCAUGCGAACAUUGGGAAUCUGAUACGCGCUACGGGCAAGACAAGAUGAGUGACUACUACAAACCAGCAUACGGCCUCGGUGACGACUCCACGUUCGCGCAGGCUGCUGUGUCUAAACAAGAGGCUCAGCUUUAUCCUCUCACCCGACUGAAAGGCCGAGAAGAGCUUCAUAUCGAGAUCGAGAUACACACCACGUUCGCCAAGGACGGCCCUGAUGUUGAACAAUCCGAGCGUCACUUCGUCAAUAUCAUGGAGAGCAUUCGGCAAACUGUGUGCGAUCUGAUGGACUCCGGCGUCCGUGUCACGGUCGUAUUGAGCAACCUCGACUAUGACGAAAUGUCUGUGGACCCUGACACGUGGGACAUUACAUCUCGCUUUGUCCUAGACGCAGAGGAGUGGCGCAGUGAGAAAGAUCAAAUCGAAGCGCGAGACAGGGAGACCGCCUACUUCGGGCAUCCGCAAGCUGCGAUGUACCAUUGUAUUCCUGCAGCAGCCCUUGCUGACAUGGAAGGCUUCCGUGAGCUACUGUUGCGUCGUUGGAAGGUGCGAUAUGCUCUACCCUGGAUGGAAGAAGAAUCAGAAGUUCAAUAG